AUGAACCCCAUCCCUUCUCUCCUUGACCCCAACCUCUCUGUCUUCCUCCCCAACCCCACCCUCGAUCUUCCUCCUCCCAUGAAUCUCGAACCCUCUCUCCCCGUCCCAACUCACCCCACUUCCUCCCCACCUUCGGCUGUCUCUUCUCAACCCCGUGACCCCUCCCCUCCACCCCGUCCUCCCUCCCCACCACUCCGUGAUCCUUCUCCACCUCCUAGAGCCCUCUCCCCUCCACCUCCACCCAAACCCUCUGGCAUCGCCUCUCGCACCCGCACCCGCCAACAAAUCCCUUCCCUUCCCUCUACUCCGCCCAAGCCUCCUGGUCAAGUCAAGACAUUGGCUAGCAAACGUAAGCCCUCUCAUGGUGUUGUGCCUGAGUCCACCCCGGACUCUCCGCCUCCAUUGGGUCCUGCCAAGAGGCCCACGUUCACUGAGACUAUUUCUUUGCGAAAAUUGUUGCCUGAACGAUUGUUGGAUUACUUGGAGUGUACAUCUUUGGGCUUGUAUGACAUUAUUGAGUUUCAUGGGUGGAAAGAGUCUGUGUCUGCUCUACGUGUGCCUUGUCCAUCUUUGGUUCAUGAAUUUUAUUCUAACCUUUCUGCUGAUGUUAUUGAUCCGGUUCAUGAAAAUUUUGGGAAAGUGUUUUUGCGUGGCAAUUGGAUUUCGUUUACUCCAUUGGUUAUUGCAGAAUGUUUACACCUGCCCCUGCUUGAUGAGCCUACAUUCUCUGCUGAGUUUACUCCGGGCAUGGAUGAGGUUGCUCGCACUCUCACUGGAAACUCUUCUUCGACUUGGCCCACUUCCAAUGCGGUUCUUGCUGCUGAACUCACCCCUCUCUACCACAUUUUGCACGUUGUUGCUGUCUUCAAUUGGCAGCCCACUGCUCACAAGUCUACGGUUGGGGCUGAUCUGGCUCGCUUUCUCUUUGCUGUGGGUACUCUCCAGUCUAUCAGUUUACCUCACUGUUUGUUUCAGGUUAUAUUGGAGGCUGCCAUGUGGCCUGGGGUCUCUAGGAUUUUGCCCCUGCCUUGUCUGAUUCAACGCAUUGCUCACUGUUUCUCUGCUGUCCCUUCCAAAAGCAUGGACACUCGAAUCUCUCUCAAGGUUAUAAAUUUGGCCUCAACUAGGUCCAAGGCUAAGAAGAAAGGUCCCACAGUCAAGGAUCCUAUGGCUGCCUCUUCCUUGGGUGUCAAACAAUCCUCAUGGAAGUAUCGCUUGUUUGACUGGAUUCAUUCUUUCAGCACUGAGUUUCAGUCCUUCAAAUCUGAGUUCAGAUUGGCCUAA